GCUUGCGAGGCGGAAGUCAUUAUGCGCAGAAUGAUAAUGGCGAAGUCCAACCCUUAAUUUUCAUGUUUUCAUCAGAUUUUACACGAUAAAAGCGUCAAUACCCUGUGCAAUCCUCGCCAAGUUUGUGUGUUUUUGACUUCAUGCAUGAUGUCAUCACCAACUUACAGAGCCUAUGACGAUAUGGAGCCGGGUGACAUGCCGGAGCACCAUGGACCAGCAGUCUGGCAGUAUCAGGGGCCACCCCAAUAUCCGGGGGCACAAGCAUCGAUGCCCUACUACCAGCCUGCAGUCCCACCACCGCAGGCUGGUGCAGAGGGGAACCAACCACCACCAGAAUUCCAGCCUCUAGUCGAAGUCUGCACGGAAAAACCGCCACGAGAUUUCCUGAUCCCAUCAAUCCUCGGUUGCAUCUUCUGUAACUUGUGGUGUGGCUCCAUGGCUCUUGCUGCCUCUCUCCUCUCCCGCGGUGCUAAAAAUCGGAAUCGUCCUGAGGAGGCACGUCGGCGAGGGCGCCAUGCGUGUAUAUUCAGUAUCAUAGGGCUCACCUUGACUCUGGCCAUAAUUGGCACCAUCAUGGUGCUGACAUUUGCUGUCGAUGUCUUACCUCGUCCCUAGUCCAAUCAAAACACGGAGUAAGGAUUGCAUGUUGGAAGAUAACCCAUGGAGAAACUGUUUUUGCGGCGAUGAAUGUGUGUUUGCCGGCCUGGCCUACAUAAUGGAGCCAGUUUGGUCUAGUCUUAGAUGUUCACCGUUUAUAUUCUGCUGAACGAACAAAUAUUGUUAUGCAGAAUUUGGAUGCAUCUUUGAAAUGACAAGAGAACAAUUCAUUUCAGAAAACGUCUAAAUGACAGUGAUGGGGACAAACAAAUUUUACCAUCUGCGAAAACUUUACCAUGUGAUGUCACCUUGACUUAUUACACAGUACUACUGAGUCAAAAAUUAUGACUGCAGUUGCAGUUACAUCUACAAUUGGGCAACUUUAUUGGUCAUUUUGUCUGACGUGCAUUUAGUAGGUGAAAAAUUUCCUUGUGCAAUGAAGAAUCAAACAAUUUAAACCCGGUUUGAAACAUGUAAUCAAGAGUUCCUGAAAAAAGCCCGGACAGUUUUCUCAAGUAUCGAGAAAUGCAUGAAACAGUAAUAGAAAGAAUCUCGUAGUCUGGGAGUGGUUGGUAUAUUCUAUACUCAUCGAGCUGGUUAUAUAUUCUGUGUUUUACUUUUAUACGUAUUUUAUAACUUUAGUGCAUGACAAGGGUAGUUGUAGUUUGUAUCCCUAUUUAUUGAGAUUGAAAAGACGAUGUGUUCAUAAAUAAAUUGUUUUAGGAUUGAUGGUGAUCAAAAAACCUUCCCUGGGAAAAUCUUUGAAUUUGCUGCAGUUUAAAAUCUUUGGUGGAAUCCUGAAGCCUGUACAGUCAUCGAAAUGUCAAAAGCUUUGUGGCUUCACUAACAAGUUCAGGACUAUGUUUUUGUCUAAGAGACAGUCCACCAUAAUAAUAUCGUGGGUCCAUUAUGUCGGUUGCCAUCAAUCCUGAAAAGGUUAAGUACUUCUAGAAUCUAGCAAAGUGUACAUGCACGGCACCUGUCUAUUUCUAUGCACUAUAUUUUUAGAACAAAUCUCAUUCUUUUAGUUAAGUGAAAGAUUUCUGUUCAAACUGAAUGGAAUAGAUUUUUAUGCCUUAUUUGUGUACCAAGUAAGAAUUUUUAAAAUUUUGAAUGAGCAGGUCUGGCAUAUUAUCCGAUGCGUCCAGUCAUGUCUUCCAGAAGAACAAAUGGUUAACUGCUGAAUUUAUACGAAAUGAAGAUUGGUUAGAAGUGUUGGUUCCUAUUCAAGGAAUAAAUUUUAUUUUAAGGCUUUUUAUAACAAUUUCUAUGGUCUUCUCAGAUACUCGUGUUCAAGUUUGUGAUAUUGUACGACAUUGGACAAGUCUGAAACCUCUGCUCAUUUUAGCCAGGCUGUUUUGGGUAGUCUUCUCACAUUUAUGGUUGGGUUUCGAAUACAGUUAGCAUGUUGCCUUGUGGAAAGCAUAAGCAGUAUAAAAGUUCCAAAAAAUUAUUUCUGGAAUAUUGAUAUUUGUCUGCUAACUGAAUAAGAAAGUCACUCAAAGUAAAUGACUAAAUCAUUUCUAUUUCAAGGUCAUAAAAGGAUGUGCCUUUCAUUUCUGUCUUUCUGUUUUCUCUGCUGUACAGUAUUAACAAUAUCAUACAAUUGUAGAAAUAGAAGUGAAAUAAAAUGCAUGUAAAUAA